GGGCGGCUUGAUCAAAGAUCGAAACGAGCCCCAGACACUGAACCAGGCGACCCAUCGUUUAUAGUCACCGUUGUGGUCGGCGCAGAAAAAAGCUGAAUCGGAGCUGGGGAAGCACGACCCACAAAGGCGGUAGGCGUCGAGCGAUGGGGAGAGCCACGGGGAUCGGCUUUCUCCUUCUCUCGCUGUCUCUGUUGUUGCAGGGAAUAGGAGCUUCUUCAACUUCGCCCUCUCAACAGGAUUUCAGAGAAUCAGUUGCUGCAAGGACUCUGAAGCAAGGGCAAGAACACACUCAUGAAAUACAUUGUUCAAGAGAAAGGAGCCGUGCUGCCUGGAAAAUCAUUGACGAGUAUCUGAUGCCCUUUGUUGAGCAAGAGCAAUAUCAAAUUCCAAGUAGAUGCAGGCUUCAUCCUGACAAUGAUCUGUUCAGAGAUCAGGAGCAGCACAAGAUCCAUAUUGAUAUAAGUGAAUGGCGGUGUGGGUACUGUAAGAAAAGCUUCCGGGCGGAGAAGUUUCUUGACCAGCAUUUCGACAGUAGACACUCCAAUCUGCUGAAUUCUAGUCACGGCAAGUGCUUGGCAGAUUUUUGUGGGGCAUUGCAUUGUGAUCUUGUGAUGGAUUCCAAGGUGCGCAAGACUAAGUGCAAUCCUGCAGCUGCUGCAAGGAACCGUCAUCUUUGUGAGAGCCUUGCCGACAACUGUUUUCCUGUCAACAAAGGUCCUUCAGCAAACCGUCUUCAUGAAUUCUUCUUACGCCAGUUCUGUGAUGCUCACACUUGCAAUGGAAAGCAAAAACCCUUCUCUAGAGGGGGCAGGAAGCAAACAAGUAUACUUUACCUAGCAAUUUCAAUAUUGACUUUGAUGCUGCUGCCUAUAUUCUAUGUUAUUGUCUAUCUAUACCAAAGAGAAAUGAAGAGGGGUGUCCAAGAUUUGAAGCGCAUCUCAAAAGUUGGAAGCAAAACAAAACCUUUGUAGUUUAUAUUAACUGCCUCUUGCCCAAGAGGGUAGGUAUUUAAAUGGGAAACCAAACAGCUAAGCCAUAGGUAGUCAAGUUAGUCAAAAAAAUUUUUGGUGGUUUCUUCUACUUGAAGAUUGGUGAUCUGGCUGAACUUUGAAGAAACAAUAUUUGAUCCCCAUUGAUCUCCUCCCACUACCCUUUUCCAUGUAAAGCUGCACUGGCUUUCCCAGUGAGAAAUUAGAUGGAUUUGUUUGAAAAUGCAUCUUUGAUUAUCAAACUUUUUGGUUGCUCCCUCAAAAAAGGUUGUGUGCUACCAUUGAUGAAAGCUGCUAAUGUAUAAUGUUGGUCUUCACAGUAA